AUGAUGAACGCCAAUCUGAAGGCUCUGCGCGCCGCCGCCACCAACGCGAGCAUCGCCUCGCGCUGCCUGGCCACCCAGGCCGCCCCCAAGUCGGCUGCCUCGCACUCCUCCUCCCACAGCAGCUCCUCCAAGCCCGGCGAGGUGAAGAUCUCGAGCAUGCCCUCCGGCGCCAGCAUCGCCUCGGUCGCCUCCGACUCGGCGCUCGCCCGCGUCGCCAUCGUCUUCAAGGCAGGCGCCCGCUACGAGCCCGCCGACCAGCUCGGCCUGACGCACGCCCUCCGCCUGACGGCCGGCCAGUCGACCGAGAAUCACACCAGCUUCGGCCUCGUCCGCAACAUCGACUACUUCGGCGGCCGCCUGGUGGUGGCUGGCACCCGCGACACCGUCACCUACCUGCUGGAGGUGCACAACGACGAGGAGAUCCUGCCGCGGAACUUCGCCCUCCUCGCGGAGACCGUCGCCCGCCCCGCCUUCAAGCGCUGGGAGCUGCCCGACAACACCGAGCGCGCCCUUGCGGAGCUGUCCAUCCUCGAGGACAACCCGCACAUCAAGCUGGCGGAGGCGCUGCACGCCGUCGCCUGGAAGGGCGGCCUCCGCAAGUCGCUCUACAUGCCCCGGUUCAUGCUGAACAAGCACACCGGCGAGCAGCUGAAGAAGUUCAUCGCCAACCGGUACGUCUCCCCGGUGGUGGUGGGCGUCGGCGUCGAGCACCAGCAGCUGGUGGACCUGGUGGGCAGCCACCUGAGCGGCCUCAGCUCGCACCAGCCACCCAAGUGCGUCACCAGCUUCAUCGGCGGCGAGACGCACCUGGAGGCCGCCAGCCCGCUCACCUACGUCGCCCUGGCUACUGAAGGCGUUGGCCUGAAGAACACCAAGGAGGCCCUGGCCCUCUCCCUCUUCCAGACGAUCCUCGGCAACGGCCCGCAGAUUGCCAGCUUCAGCGGCCUCUCCAGCAACACUCGCCUCGGCAAGGCCGUCGGCGCUGCUCUGGGCGGAAAAAGUAGCGACAACGUCGCCGUCUCCGCCUUCAACUUUGCCUACGAGGAGACGGGCCUCUUUGGCAUCAAUCUGAUCGCCCCGAAGUCAUCGGACGUGACCGGCCUGCUGAAGGCCGCCGUGAAGGAGCUGCGCGCCGCCGCCAGCAGCGUCACCGACGCCGAGCUCGCCGACGCAAAAAAGAACCUGAAGACCGCCGCGCUGCUCGCCGUGGACACCGGCGACGCCCUGGCCACGGAGCUGGGCGCCCAGCUGGCGCUGGUCGGCUCGCAGGUGGACACCGCGAAGGAGGUGGACGCCAUCACCGCCGCCGACGUCAAGUCAGUCGCCGGCCGCCUGCUGAAGGGCAAACUGGCGCUGGCCACCAUCGGCCCGAAUGCCCCUUACCUCGAUGACCUGGUCUGA